UUAUUGAUUUAGCCUUCCCUCAAUAGUGGUUGUCAACAGCGUAAAAUUAGUAUAGAAUUGCAUGUGCAAGGCCGAAAGGACAUAUAUAUGUAUUCACAAAUCCUUUUUAUUUCUCAUUCCGCUCAUUUUACACUUUUUACGUCAUCUUAUAGUUAAGGCAAUUCUUAAUGUAAAAUAAAUUUUUAUUUUAAAAAUUGUAGAUGACCUGCUUUUGGCAAAAUAUUUUAGGUUUUGAAAAUUAUUGCGAAAAAUGACAACAUAUUCCGCAAAUUCCAACAUCCAAUUUCCAUCCUUUUCCAAUUUAAAGAUUAAUCAAAUUGUGAUCUUUAAAUGACAACCUCCCUUCCAUGUCAUUCACCGUAAAUCCCCUUAACAUCUCAAAGCAAUCCCUUCAACAAUAAGUCCCUCAAUCGAGGACUUAUUGAAUAAUUUACAAAUAAAUUAUAAUAAUUACAAUAAAGCACUCUGGCAAACAUUACCUCAAAUGUUAUUGAAAUUCUUUUUACAUUUUAAUUGUGUAUUCCUAAUUAACAUUAAUAAAUCUUAUUGUCCCACGUAUUUGACCGUUUUUAUCUUUAAAAAUAUUUUUAUCAACAGUUUCAAAGUAACAACUUGUUUUUAAUUUUCACUCAAUUUUAACAAAUACCCCCAAAUUCAUUGACAGAAUUCACAAAACAAUUUUUUUUAUUUUCGCCCAAAAAAUAUUCACUCGUCGAUUGGUCCUUUUACAUCUUUUUUCUUCUUCUUCUUCUCAAACAAGCCCUCUAAAAUAACAACUCUUUUCAUCCGCCCCAAUCGUCGAUUGCUCGUGACACUCUUACAUUUUUACAUGUUAUAUACACGUACACUAAUAAGUUUUUAAGAGAAUCUCUUCAGUGCGCGAAUUUUCUGUUUUCUUUUUGAUUGUUUUUUUCGAUUUUAAAUUUCGUUAAUUGCUGAAAUUUUGUUAUUUUCAAUUUUUCUUUAUUUGCAGUGAAAAAUAAAUAAAUGAAGGUGUUUACAGUUGGGCUGGAUCAAAAGCCCGUUGAAGAAAAUAAGGAGAAGACUGACUCCCCUCCACCCGGCUAUUCAACAACUGAAACCCGCAUUCCUCUUCCAAUGGGGCCUGAACUUCCACGUCCAUCGCUUCCAAUACCGCCUCCACAACCUAUUAUUGUGCGUAAAUCUCGUGGUUAUAAAGGAAUCUUGCUUGUUAUGCUUUCCGUCUUCGUUAUGGCUAUUUUUGCUCUUGUCCUUUCUGAGAUGGCAUAUAGUCGCCAACGAGAUGAAAACUAUUUUAAACUCCGUUGGGCUGAAUUAAAACAACGUUUUGGUUAUGAAAAUGAUGGAAACGUUGAUUACUAUACACAGGCAGCUAAUGCUAUUAGUGAUAAAUUGCUUAGUUUGACUAAGAGCAAUGAAAUCCAACUUCCACGUGUCCCUCAGUCAGCGUCUCUCGAGGAGGAGACAACCAGCAGCUCAACAACUCAGGACACCCCUGUAGUAGCUAUUGAUACUUUCCCAAUGGCUCCAUCAAAAAUUGGCAAUUCUGCCGAUUCUUCAAUUUCCCGUUCUUCACAAACAUCAGAUGAAGUAGAACCUCCACAUCCUUUUUUCGGUUCCGGCAAUUUUAAUGGAGCUUUUAGUCAAAUACGUGAUGCACGUCUUAAAUUUCUUCGAAAUAUUUUACAGAAAAUUAAACAGCAUGCCGAGGAUAUUGGCUUUGAUGGAACUAUGCAGGCAUUUAAUUUCAAAUUUCUUUACUAAAAUAAAAUCAUUGAAGGUUUCAAUAGUCGAAGUUGAGCCCCAAAAUAGUGACAGUAGCUCUACAUCAAAUGAAGAUAAUAACAACAACAAUAAUUUAUUAUCUAACGGAAAUUGGC